GCCGUGCCGGCAGCCUGGAUGCUGCUUGCACCCACAGUCUCCUGGUCCCACAGUGACUCUUGGCCACGGGGCUUCAGUCUCCUCCUGGCAGGGCACCAGGCUUGGUGUUGCAGUGUGAGCACAGUGGGAGUGCACACGGCAGGCACGAAGUCAGGGGUGAUGAGGAGCUUGGGGAGGUUCCCUCAGCCACGGCUGCCAGCCUCAUGGACGCUCUUAUCACUUACAGGCCCCUCCCCACGGGGGAAGCCCCCCAUGGACUGUAGGCAUUUACCUGAGGCCCGCAAGGAGACCCUGAGCCCAGAGUCCGAGUCACCACCACCUCCAGCUGCCAGCAGCAGCCCCUGCCUACCCCCCGCAGUUGGGCAGCGGGCCGGGACAGGCCCAGGGCGACCCGCGGCCGCCAACGCCGCACGGGAGCGCAGCCGGGUGCAGACCCUGCGCCAUGCCUUCCUGGAGCUGCAGAAGACGCUUCCCUCCGUGCCGCCCGACACCAAGCUCUCCAAGCUGGACGUGCUCCUCCUGGCCACCACCUACAUCGCACACCUCACGCGCAGCCUCCAGGAUGAGGAGGAGUCUCCAGGAGAGGCCCUGGGAGCCCUCCGAGGUGAUGGGUACCUCCAUCCUGUCAAGAAAUGGCCAAUGCGAUCCAGGUUAUACAUUGGAGCGACAGGACAGUUUUUGAAUCACUCAGCACAAGGAGAAAGCACAAACCAAGGAGAAACAUCAACAAAUUCUCAACACUAGUCUCCCUUUUCAUUAAAAAAAA